GUGGUCCCUGCCUAAGCUACAAGGAAACAUUCAGCGUGGACAUCCAGGGCUUUGGACAUCCAGAUCACCUAGACUGGGUUCCUGAGCACUCUGCCUCCAGCGCUCCUCUGAACCUGGUCCAGGGCAGGCUCCACCCUCUGGCUGUACUGGUCCAGUGUUUCUUUGGGGACUGGGAGGGAUACUCAUCCAGACCUUGAGUCUCACUCAGCCAGCCUGUUUGCAGAUUCACUGUAGGGGCAGAUUAAAUCAGAGGGAGGGAACAGAGUCAUUUAAAUUGCUUGGAGUGCUGAGUGGCCAUUAGAGAUGCUUGCCUGGCCUGGACCUCAGUUUCCCCUUCCUUAAGAAUAACAUGGAUAGUAGAGACUUCUACCAAAGUCAACAGGCAUGCAGGGUCCCAAAUACGUCAUGCAUAAAUGGUCUAAUCCACGAAGGGGAAAGGAAAUCUUGUCCCAGCUAUGCCUGGGAACAAGGGAGAAUCAGGACAAGGCUCAGUGGGGGAGGGAACUGGCCAGACAGUCAGGGUGACUCACUGGAAUAGAAUGUCCCUUUUCCUUCCCUUUCCCAGGGGAGGAGUGGCCAGGGAGGAAGGGAGAGGUCGCUGACGAUGACACCCACAUUGGGUUUCUGUGAUGGGAAAAUGGACGAGAGGUCUGGUGGAUUGAUUUCUCUCUGGAGUGUCCGCCACACCCAUCUCUCCUUCCUCAUCUCCAUGCUCAGCCCAGCCCUCAGCCCUCAGCCCCUGCCCCUUCACAGCUCCCGAAUUCGGCCUGCUGCAGACCCGCCCACUUCUGUAGCUUCACAGGGACUUUACAGAUAAGUCAAGGGUGGGAGAGAGGGAAAAGUUUAGGUAGAAAACUGCAUGAGGUAGAAGGUAACGGGGCUGGACAAGUGUUCUGUAUUCCUGAUGAAAAUGCUAGGCUCAUCUCCCAGCCCCACCAGGCGAUGCUGGGGAUUCAGAUACCUCCGAUGUGUGCUUCCUGUUUGCAUCUGUCUACUUCUGGUUGCCCCAGUUAAGACAGAUAUUGCCAAGUGCUUGACUCCCUGUACCCACGAGGAGGACGAGCCCAGAUUGUGGGAACGUCUUCGAAAAGGGGAUGUGCUAGAAUAGACCAGCGUAUUGUUUGCGCUUUCUCCGGAGUGUUUACUCAUACUGUUCCCGAAGUUCUCUUGGGCCUUGGAGAGACUGGAAAAGUUCCCAGCUGCAUGACCUUGGGCCCAGCUCUCUCUCUCCUGGGGGGCCCUGGGAUCCUGAUCAGGCAAACAGCAGAGUCAGGUGAUCACUCUGUGUGGUUCCUGUGAAGAGGGCAUUGGAGUAGAGGGAAGGGAAUCCCUGCUCUGCCAUUUGGUGUUGUCCUUGUCAUGACUAACUGGCAACAGUCCUGGCCAGGCGUAUCUGCUCUGUGACUGUACCUGUGAAAUGGAGGCGCUGUCAUUGCCCAGGGCUGUGGGACCAGAGCCUGGCUACGUCCAGUACCCGGAAGACUCCAUUUUUCAUAAUAUGGUAAAGGGCAGGCUGAUAACACAGAUUUCUUUCUGAAUGUGGUAUAGUCUCGGGAGGCGCCUGGUAUGAGUGGGCUUGGACGGAGCUCCCUCCCCUGAUACCUCUCAAGGGGCAGUUAAGGAAUGAUCCUGCAAGUGUGCGGGGCGGGCUAAGUGCUGGAGCUGAGGAGGUGGUGGCUGUGGGUCACAGGCCUUCAAUCACAAUUGGAGGAAGGGAUUCAGGAAGUACUCACAGCUGCUCAGACAUCUCCGAGCCAAGUUCCAGGCAGCACCAACAAAACUCACAGCAGGCUUCAGGGAAGGGAGUCGUGGCCACCUGGGGUGGUCACCAGCCAAGGAGCGUAUGGCAUCAGGUACAGUCAGAGCUGGCACGCUUGAGGUCCGGGGUCACCCUUGAAGUCCUGAGGCGUUGCUAAUGGGCCAGCCUGGCAUCUCUCUCAGCAACAUCUUCUGCUUCUCUUUCACCUGCCUCCUCCAUGUCCAGGGAAUCAUGUGCUUACAUCUUUCCUGAUGGGGCUUCGAGAAGAUGCUAGUGCAGUUGACCACAUCUCUUGACAUCUGACCUGAGGUUAAAAACUAGACCAGGGAUCAUCUGAUUCCCGCAGAAGGGUUACUGGCCCGGGAUGCCACAAUCCAAGACCGCAGACCAGCGUCUUAAAAGACUGAGGAGAGACGGCCAUCCAGCACAGAGGCCGUUUCUGAUGGGACGCUAAGGCUCAGAGACCCCCUUCCUGUGACAAGUGCCAUCAGAAGCCAUGGAGACCAUGGUGAUCGGGAUGGUGGCAGUGCUGUUUAUUGUCACCAUGGCCAUCACCUGCAUCCUCUGCUACUUCAGCUAUGACUUGAAGACCGGAGACCCAGACAGGGACCCCAGGAACAGCUUCACCGUGGCCACAUUUCACCAGGAAGCAUCGCUCUUCACAGGGCCUGGUCUCCAAUCCCGGCCACUGCCGAGUGCCCAGAACUUCUGGACUGUUGUGUGAGGCUGGCAGUCCCUCAGCUUUGCUCUGCUAGUGGGUCAGGCCUGCCUACCCCUUCAAUAGCCAUGGUCUGGCAUCUCGCUCUUCCCAGGCCUCUGUCUCUGCCUUUAAAUGUUCCAUAAACUUCUUGCCUUUUCUCCCCUAUCUCCUUGCUCUGCCCCCUAUCCUGGGGGACCUGAGGUAUUAGGAUCAUGUGUGAGUUUCCUCUUAGCUGAGAAAUCAGCUGGGCCCUACUCACAGCGGGGCUGAGGAGGUGUGGACAGACACUGUGUGGCAUUCUAUGGUGGGGUAGCUCCAGCCAGCUGUGGAACCUCCCCAGAAGUUAGCACCCUGUCAGCAGGAUGCCUGUGAUAAAGGUGGAUGCGCCACCCAAGGAGCCCGCGCCCUCAAGUGGACGUUUUGAGGAACUACUUCUUAUUUGUUUGUGUUUUUGGAUGCCUCGCCCAACCCUGAGACUUGCUCCUUAAUCAGCCCUGAAACUCUGAAACCUUUCAAAAAGCUGUUUUCUGGGAACAAGUGACUUAUUUUAUAAUUGCGAACGUAUAUCCUUUUAUGGGUCUUUCCAGAUCUGCUUGGGAAAACCACAAAAGGAAGCAGGAUAGUAAAAGAGCCACAGAAAGCACAAGGUGUUUCAUUAGCAGGAAGGCCACCGAGAAGACUUUUAAGCACGUUUUGAACAAGACUUGCUUUAUUGCUACAGUCUGACAGACCGCGUCUAUUCUUAGCAGAUGUGAGGGAUUUGCGUCACUUAGGAAUGAUACAGACAUUGUGAGCUGAGAGAUAAUUCCAAAAAAGUUAAAUGUUGUUACAUUUCAGUGCAUGUGAAGAAGUUGUUGUUUUUACCACAAAUAAAGGGACAUUUGUUUCUUAUUAAUAGAAAAUCUGCCCUCUCUAUGAUCACAGAAUAGAUGCCAUCUCAUAUUUAAAGACUGUGAUCUGAAGAGUGGAGAACCAUGGGCCUCCGGGAUCGUAUAUCUGCAUCUAGCCCUGGAUAGGUGACUGUCUCAGGACUGGCCUGUUGAAGGAGACAAGACUGAACGAGGGGGCUCUGGGAUGUGAGGGUGUCAGACACGUGGCUGCCAUAGGAAGGACCCAGAGAGAUGGGCUUGGGUUUGGAGAGAUGUGGAGGUAGAGAUGGCGGGGAAGAGGUACUGGAAGAGAGUCCGGCUGCUAGAUGGGGUAGGGGUAGAGCGAAUCUGGGGAGAUGAUAGAAGCUCCUGGAAACAUGUCCUCAUCACCCGGACACCAAGUGCCCGACUAGGACUUGCAUAGAGAUGCCAGAAGGGAGGGCAGGGGUUCCUGGGGACUAAGUGGAGGACCUUGCUGCGGGCUGAGAGACGUCUGCUGUGAGGGGAGCACCUGUGAGGUGGAAAGGUGGAAGCAGGGCAGAGGAAGAAGUCAAACUGAGUCAACUCUCACCUUAGCUCCCUCUGAGUGAUUGCUGGCCAGGGGCCUGGCUUCACCCUAGGUGGAGCUCUGCCCCGAGGCAGGCUCUGAAGACCUUCUUUGGAGGUCCACAGGAACUCUGCAGAGUCCCAGGGAUACCCAGACUGCUUGGAGAACGCACACCAAAACGUCCAUUGUAAGACCGACCAAGUGUUACGGGGCAUCCUGCAUUUUAUCUGGUAACUCUAUGGGGACAGGAUGAGUCUGAGAGGCUGAGGAACCGGCUGAAGAUGGCAGGGGCUGUCAGAAGAGAGCACAGAGGAGAGCAACGUAAGGGUCGACAAUGGGAUUGGUGAGCAGAGUGAACAGCCACUUUUUAGGCUGUGAUGUGCACAUGGAUUGUGGAUGUGCAUGUGUAUAUAUGGUGUGUUGUAUGUAUCUGAUGUGUGGUUUGGAUAUGGUUCAUGAUAUGUGGUAUGGGCAACGUGUACAGUGCCUGUGUAGUGUAUGUGGUGUCUUUGUUAGGGUUCCUAUUGCUGUGAUAAAACACCACGACCAAAGCAACUUGGGGGAAAGGGUGUAUUUGGCCUGUGAUUCCACAUCACAGCUCAUCAUCGAAGAAAGUCAGGACAGGGGCUGCUGUAGAGGCCAUGGAGGGGUGCUGCUUACUGGCUUGCUCCUCAUGGCUUGCUCAGCCUGCUUUCUUAUAGAACCCAGGACCACCAGCCCAGGGAUGGCUCCAUCCACAAUGGGCUGGGCCCUCCUCCAUCAAUCACUAAUUUAAAAAAUGCUCGACAGGCUUGCCUACAGCCCAGCCUUAUGGAGGCAUUUUCUCACUUGAGGUUCCCUCCUCUCAGAUGACUCUAGCUUGUGUCAAGUUGACAUCAAAUUGGCUUGCACAUGUAGUAUGUGCAUGAUGUGUGAUGUGUGGCAUGUUAGGUGUGUGUUGAGGGGUGGUAUAUGUUUGCAGGGUGUAUGCGAUGUGUGCACGUGGAGUGUGUGGUAGGCGUGUGUGUGCUGUGUGUGUGGUUUGACUGUGGGUGGUGUGGUAUGUUUGUGUGCUGUGUCGUGGGUGUCUGGUGUGUGUGGUGCGUGUAUGGUACAUGAGGGAUGUGGUGUGCCGUGCUCACUUUUGCAGCCUGGUGUGUCAGAAGAAGGAGAGGCCCAGCAGCAGCCAGCAGGGAGCCCCCUUACUGCCAAAGGCUGCCCUUCCACCCACCGUUGCCAGAGGGAAAGGUAGCUGCUUAAGGACAAGACAGAAUGGCACCGGAACACCAGGACAAGACAGAAUGGCACCGGAACACCAGCAAAGCAGGCAAUGUUUAGCUGGUGGUGGUGGGGGAAGCAGUUGCUCCAGGCCAGCCUAAGGAUCUGGGGCAGAACUCUGGCACCCAGCCCUCCCAGUUCCAAACCUAGCUCCUUUUCCACUUGCUCCAUCGCUGCUGGCAGUUUUCACAGAUUCUUAUAAUGCAGAAGGUACUAUGUUCUCACCGUAUAUCACCUUGUCUGCCCACAGCAGCCCCAUGAUCUCCAUUGCUCAGAUGGGGGCGCCGAGCUGCCGCUGCUUCGUGAGUGCUUUGGGGGCAAUAGCAACUCUGCAGGAGCAAGGUUGGGGUGCUCAUCAUGUCUGUGUCACCUCAGCAGGCUCCAAUGCACAUCUUCAGGAGGUAUGGACGCUGGGGGACCUGGCUCCUCAGGCUUACCUAAGCCAAACUUACUGACACCCAUCCCUAGCUGCACAUCGGCUUUGGAGAUGGGACCUUUGCAGGACCACCUGCAAUCUCUCCUGGUAGCUCCUGAGCUGAGGCGCCCACCCCUCCCUCCUCCUGCGCUAAGGGCUGGGACCCUGGAAGAGCAGACUGCAGUCCACGAGGGCGUUGAAGCUCCUGCUCAGAUUGCUCUACAGGUCUAACUUGCCCUCCUGCCACGGGGCUUCUUUGUCAGCUCCAGCCCUAGGUGAAGGGCAGGGUGAAUGAGCUGUGUGAAUUCUGGCUCCAGCCAGUGCGUGCUAUCCUGGGCCUCUGCCUCAGUAUGCUGGGGUGCAGAGAUGAGAGGCCCACCUAGCUUGUUUGAGCCCCCAGCUGUAAGAGGCAGGGGAAGGACACGCCCAUUGCCCUCUCUCCACAGUCCCUGGCUCUGAAACCUGGCAGGGUUUCUCUGUGGGACUUGCUGCAUUCUGGAAUCAAGAGGCCUUGAAAUAACAUGUUUUCCGGAAAAGUACCUUCCUUAGAGGAAACCACUUGUUCCAAGGAAUAGAAAAGGGUCAUUGUGUCUUGCCAGGUCCCCAUUCCUGAGGUCAUGACACUUGAAAAGGCAGGCACAGUUGGAGACAUAGAGGCCUGCCGCCUCUCCACACUCCCACCCAGAUGCCCCCAUCCAGCACAUCUGCAGUUAGAAGUGCCUUAAAUGCCAACAGGAGAAGCUGACUGGCACAUCCUGGCAUGGCCAUAACGAUCCACACUAGGCAGGCUUCAAAACAAUGAGGUAAAUUUAAACUCUGUACAAGAGAUCAUUCAUCACGUACUAGCAAGUGAGAGGUAGAGUGAUUUGGAGGGCCGUACAGCUGUGUGAUAAAACUUGACUUUUGGUAGAAAUACACUUCUUUUCAUAGAAGAUGUGGAGAACUCUAGGCCCUGGUGAACUACUGUCUGGGCGAGUGAGACUGUGCUUCAUCUUAAGCAGCCUUCAAAGGCCCAGGUGGUAAAAGCUUGCUCCUCAGGGCAGUACUAUUGGGAGAUGGCAAAGCCUCUAAGAGGCUCUUGGGUCACUGGGGACCUGUUUUUGUAAGGCAUAGUGGGAUCUGGGAUUUUCUUCGUCAUCACUUAUACCUCCCAACAGUGAGAUGACUAGUUUUGUUCCACUGUGACAUGAGGCCUCAACACCACAGAGGCCUGAGGGCCACCGUGUUGACAACUCUCAGAGGCCCAGACUCUUCAAACCUGUGAGCCUUCUUUUGGAGACUGGGACUCACUCUGUGGCCCAGGCUGGACCUUUAACUCUUGAUUCUUUGCCCCAGCCCCCCGAGUCCUGAGGAUUACAGGCAUAUGACACACCCAGCUCUGAGGAGUUUGGGAAGCUUGCAGAGAGUACAAGUACCGGACCUCACUAGCCUGUGGGAGGGCCUUGACUGUGCCUGUCUGGGCCCCGGGCCUUCUGAGACAGGGCAUUAAUCCCAAUUUCAGGUCUCCAGUUGUGUAUGUAAGGCUGAUGAACCUGCCAGAGUAGCUCCUUGUGUACCCUGGUUGUGGAGGACAUAACAGAGUCCACACAAGGCCUUUCCAGCUGCCCGUAGACCCCACCUAGGAAGCUAGGGCUGUGGUGUUUCAGAGGUCCCCUGUCCUUCUGAGAUCCAGGCACCUUGGCAGAUAAAGGCCAGCUAUUUCAGCAUCUGUCAACUUAUCCCACCUGUCAAUCAUUGUCCUUGCAAAGAGCUGGCCAGCCCUCCUUCCCUUCCACGCCUCAGGGCCAAAGGACGUUCCUCAUAUAGACUUGGACUCCUCAGAAGCUUCGUAGAGGCCUCUGUCCCCACCUUCUAACUCCUGGUGUCUGUAGUUGGUAAAUAACGGUCUCCUGAGAUGGCCACAGGGGCUUACUCCCUAGAACCUAUGGGUGUGACUUAUUCACAAAGAGGAUUCAGAUCACAGAUGACAGAUGGCCAUCAGCUGACCUUAACAAGGUUAUCUUGGCCGUAUGGGAGGAGGAUCCAAUACAAUAAAAAUAUGUGGUGAUAUUGUGUUCCCCAAAAUAUUGUGCACCCUAAUAAACUUAUCUGGGGUCAGAGAACAGAACAGCCACUAGAUAUCGAGGCCAGAAAAUGGUGGCACUUACACCUUUAAUCCUAGCAUUCCAGAGGCAGAAAUCCAUCCGGAUCUCUGUGAGUUCAAGGCCACACUGGAAACAGCCAGGCAUGGUGACUCAUGCCUUUAAUCCCAGGAAGUGAUGGCAGAAAGCAGUGAGGACCAGGAAAUAGGCUGGUUAAGCUUUUAGGCUUUUGAGCAGCAGUUCAGCUGAGAUUCAUUCUGGAUGAGGACACAGAGGUUUCCAGUCUGAGGAAACAGGAUCAGCUGAGGAACUGGCAAGGUGAGGUGGCUGUGGCUUGUUCUGUUUCUCUGAUCUUCCAGCGUUCACCCCAA